AUGUGCUCAGUCGGCUCAGUGCUCGAACCUCGUGCACCCAAAAGCCACAAAGUCCUGCAGUCGAUGGCGGCGAUCAGGAACGUCGAGCUGAAGAACUUGGGCGAUGGAUGCUCGGGUGCUGAAGCCUUGGUAGACUAUCCGGGGGCUCACAAACAAGACUUGCAGUUGACAGAGAUCGUAAGAGACUUUGUCGUCACUCCGGAGCGGAAAGCCAAGUGGUCCCAUAUUGCGAAGGCACUCAAACAGUCCCCGAUGUAUGUGGAGGCGGAGGUCGACCUUCCCAAUGUGCCGAAGAUGGUGUUGAGGAUCAUGGAUGAAGGAGUGGUUGAACUAAGGCAGGAGAUGGAUGCGCAAGGCUUCAAAUCCUACAGCAAAACGGACACUGCCUUCACGCUGGGCGGCAAGUUGCCGGCGAAGAGCCGAGAUCUCAUUGAAGAGAACUCAGCAAUGACAGCGAUUUCGCUGAACACUUUCUAUCACAUCGCUGGAGUGCCGAUCGGCGAUUCCGAUCGGUCCGAUGCACAGCACUAUGCUUGCUUUUCGCCGCCCUUGUCCCCAGAGGAUGGCGUCAACAAGGGAUCGAAGGUGCUUGAUGCCCAUCAGGUCGAGAAUUUUUGCUUAGAAUGUGCAGUGGAAACCGCAACGGAGACGAACUUCGACAUCGAGGAGCUCUACAAGUUUGCAAGUGGAUCGGAUCAGGUCGAGGAGUUUCGCUUGGAAGGCGAAGACGAUGGAAGUACAACUCCCCUCUUCUUUGAGAUUGAGGAUCAGUACACCUUUGACAACGUCGACCUGCAGAGUCAUGGGUCGAGCUUGCGGUCUUCCAUUGCAAUGCUGGGCAGGAUGGCAGCCUGGGUGUGCUUCGCGCUGUGA